GUAAAUUUAGCGUAAAAAUGAACGGACAAAAUCAGGUAUCGUCCCUUCAGAAGAAGUUACAAGCCAGAGAGGCUAGUUUUGAUAAGGAAAAAGCUGUUUUAGAACAGAAAGUUAAGCUCAUGAAAAUUGAGCUUGCAGAAGUCACUGAAAGGGAAAAAUAGCCAAUCUAAAAUGUAUGAACUUAUGCUUAGCGCUCUUAAAUCAGAGGCAGAGAGUCCUCAGAAUCACGAACUUCUCCAAAAAUUAGUCUCUUCGAGGUCCGACUCCAGUAGUGAUACUAAGGAGUUAAUGGAAAAGUACUCUGAGUCUACUGUGAAGCUUGAAGAAAUUCUAAAUUGAAUCAAAAAUGGGCAAAAUGAAGACAGCUUUCUUAAAAUAAUCAAGCUCAAAGAUAGCCAUGAGAGGAAGAUCAAUGAACUUAAGAGGCAACAUAAGCAGCAGCUUUCAAUGAUCGAACAGAGCCAUUUGAAGGAGACCAGAAAACUAAAGGAUAGGAUCAAAGAGCUUGAAAGAAAGCCUAUUAUCCCUGAAGUUUGUGAAAUAGAUCUCUCUAGUGCUCUUACUGGUCUCAACACGAGCUCAAAUGACUAUGCCACACAAAGAAGCGGAAUACUCAGUUCUAAGGAAAAUCAGAGGACCAAAGACCGGAUGACUUCUCUAGAAAUGAGUGGCUCAACGACUCAUUCAAAGGCUAAGGACUCUAACAGGGGUAACUUCCCUAUAAAGAAUCUUAAGAACGCUUCAAAACUUAGUGCAAAGGUAGAUUUUGAAGAGUAUGAAAAAUUACGAAGAAGAUAUGAGAAACAAAAAGGAUAUAUUGCAAACCUGAAAACUAACGUAAAGAAAUAUAACAAAGACAAAAUUCUCCUCUGCAAGAAGAUCCAGUCGCUCAACCUCCAAAUUAACAGCUUGAAGCACAGACUCAACAAGCUGGUCAAGGUUGACCAGAAAGUGGCUUCUUCCAAGCUGAAGCACAAGCAAGCCAGCUUGGCGGCUAGAGAGACUCAGAACAAACUUGAGAUGAAGAAUAGGUGCCUUGGAAGCAGGAAGCAGAGCCAGGCCUGACAAAGCCCGAAGAUGAAGAAAGUCUUCUCAGAUAGGAACCUUGUAGGAGCUAAGGUCGGAAAAACCUUUGGCAGACGAGAGACUCUAGAUGUUAAUAAAAGUGGGAGUUUACUAAGUCUUGGACUCUAUGAGGAGCAGGCUAAUAGAGGCUUUGGCAAUAAUGCGGUAGUGAUAAGUGAUGAGGAUAUUAGAUCGGAUUAUGUACCUAACAUUGAGGCUAACCUUGGUCCAAGUAGUACUAGAAACAAGUACUCGAAAUAUGGAAAUACUCAUCGCCAAAAGGGGAAGAAGAUGCUGGCUAAUGGUAAGAAAUGAAAAUGUGCAGAUAUGUGCCAAGAUUCGCAAGUUUUAAGAAGCAAUUAUAAUACUACAACUAGCCAGAGAUCUCAACAAGAAUUUUCAAAUUCGAAUUUAUGCCAUUGCGGCUCAAUGAGGCAAUCAAUGGAAAAUGAAUUGAUGAACCAUGUUUCAAAUGCAGUUUCCUCCUUCCUCUCAAUGCAUGAGGUCAAGGGAAGACAUGCCAGAGGCGAGUCAAAAUCAGACAUCGGAUUCACUAAUCCAGAAGAUUAUGGUCAGUUAGAAUGAUCAAAUGAGUAUGAUAAUGAUUACAACGACAAUCACCACCAUAUCAAAGACCUACACGUGACUAGCAAUAUGUUAAAAGACUAUAAUGGAUGUUCUAAACCUUGUGAUAGAGGCAGUAGUUGCCACAAGGCAAGGAAGCGAGUCUGUUUUCAGACUAAUGAUCACAAAGAUCAAUACUCAAUAGAUCAAAAUCUUCACCACAAUGAUUUAAAAUCAGAAAUAUUCUCAGAGAACAUGAUACGUAAGAAUUCAUCGAAGUGCAAGAGUCCAGAAGCUCUUGUUCAAAGAUCUUAUAGCAACAGAGGCCCUUUGGUUUCCUCCCAUUUAACAGGUCUUAAUAAAUUGCUGAAGAGAAAAGUGUCUCCAAUUCAAAGGGACGAAUCUAAUCAAUUAAUGACCUCAGGCCACUCUCUUUUCGAGUUUUGAGAGGGGAAAAAGGCCCGAAAUCAUAAAAGAAGAGAGGCUUACGAGGAAGACAGCCAGGUCCUCCAGCCUUAUGAGACCUUAAGAGAUGCUACUGGAGAAAAGAUCACUCUCACUGUUGAUGAGCAGACAAUGGAGUAUCAGCCUGAGUCUUCCACAAUUAGCGAAGAUGAUCAGCAGAUGGAUGAGAAUAUUGAAAUGGAAAGAAUUGCAAAAAUGAACUUCUAUGCUUUCAAAUCCAAUGAGAAAGAAGGAAUAGUUGCUAUGCCACAGGAAAUAAAGAGAGCGAAGUCUCCUAAAAACAAUCAACUCUCUAUCAGAAAGGAGAGUAGGAUGAACAAUAAGUACAAGUCGUUCUUGAAUAAGAGUGUGAAUGACUGAGCUAACUUGGUCAUCUCUAAUGCUCUCUUGAAGCAACAGAAGAGUAGUCACAAUUAAAAUCCUUCUUAUUGGCUAAAUACGUUUAACAUUUAUCAAAUGGGGCUUGAGAAGCUAGAUUUUAUGUUUUUGCAGAGUGGCAAAUAAUAGAAAAUAGCAUCCUUAGAUUUUCAAAGCAUCUAGUUAUAUAAU